ACUCAAAAUGUCAUUGUCACCGACACAGAUGGUUGCUUUUCGUAUUUGAAAGUAAAGAAAGGUUGAUAUACAGCCUAAAAAGGCAUAAAAUACAAAGAUAUUUACAAAAAACAGUAUAUCAAUUUAUUUCGCAAACUAGGAAACAAUAUCAUGGCUAUGCAUUCAUGAACUCGGCAUUCAUCACGACUUGAGGUGAUGUUGUUGUGAUUGUAUCUUCACGAAGCCAAAUAUGUCAAGCAAUUCUUUGCUGUUCUCCAUAAACACUGAGGGUAAAGUGUAUGCGUUAUCAACGAGUGGAACAUGUUGGCGAGAGUUCAUGUACCUCGGGCUGGAGUUCAAGACGCUGUCGGCGGUGCCGCACUUCCUGUGGGCCGUCGGCGGCGACCGGCAGACCUACCUGCACGUGCACGGGCUCGAGAUACCCAUCCGGGUCAAGGAGGAGGCCUAUGAGAACGAGAGGUGGCUGCCUCUCGAAGGAUUCAGCAGCAGACUUCUGCCAACAGAUAGGUAUCACUUCUCAUCCCAGGAUGGAACACUGGACCGGUCCAUCAGCCGCAUCCGCCUGCCGUCCAUGGCGUGGCAGUGGGAGGGGGACUGGCAGCUGGAGCUCACCCUCGAUGGACAACCACUAGACCAUGACGGCUGGAGCUAUGCUGUGGACUUCCCCGCACAGUUUGGACCAACCAAACAGUGGAAGUCUUGUGUCAGAAGAAGGAAAUGGAUAAGGUACAGAAAAUUCAGUGCCAUGAACUCAUGGUGCGCUAUAGCUCCACUGCACAAGGACCCCACUCAGGAACCAUUUAUUGAUGUCAGUAUUGGGGGGAAUCAGAUGCCCUACUCCCAGCCAGGCUCCUUGUCAGUGUGGGCCAUCACUGCACAGGGCCGCGUCAUGUGCCGGGCCGGCGUCAGCACCACCUCCCCUGAAGGACUCAAGUGGACAAACAUCAGCAUUCCACCCAACUGUGAUGUGAAGCAGAUAUCAGUAGGUCCCACUGGGCUAGUGUGGGCAACACUGUGGAGUGGGAGGGCUAUCAUUAGAAAAGGUAUCACAAAGGACUGCCCAACUGGAGAAUCCUGGCUGGAGGUGAAAUCACCAGAUGACACCAAGCUCUCAGUCAUAUCUGUGGGGCACAAUGCAGUGUGGGCCGUGAGCAGUGACACCAGAGUGUGGUUCAGGAAGGGUAUAGAGGGGAACACAGCAGGCACAUCUGAGAUAUCUGCACUGGGCACGGGCUGGCUGGAGAUCACUGGGAAUAUGAUACAUAUUUCAGUUGGCAUAAAUGAUCAGGUCUUUGCCAUUGGAGAGUCAGACAAGUGUAUUUACUGGCGUAGCGGCAUCACCCAAGCAGAGCUGACAGGCAAGAGGUGGAGGAUGGUGCAGGCCAACAUGCAGCUGAGCCGCACCUCCAGCUCCGCCAGCGUGGUCUCCAAAGACAAACAUUCUAGUCUUAGCACUCUCAAUGAGCCCCUGGAGCUCAAGUCUAACAUCAACUUGCACCAUUCCUGGGAAGAGUCCCACUCAGCCCCAAUAGAACACACUUUACCAAUUAAGCCUCCAAAAGAUAAGCAUACUAAAGGGAAUGCAGUUGUAGAAAACAUGGACAUGACAGGAAAAAGUUAUGAAACCACCUUGAAGAACCCCAGAGCAUGGAGUCCUGUGCGAAGUGUCGGCUCAGUGGUCGGCAUGGAGGCUCACCCUGACAGUGACAGCAGUGUGUUUGACCAUGACUCUGGCAUGUACUUUGAUGAGGAGGUGAGUCAGACAGCUUGGGGCACAAGUGAUGCUGCCUGGACAUUUGUGGCUGCAGGAGCAUGCACCAUAGACACAGUACAAGUGCCUCAUUGGUUCACAGACUCACACAAUGUCUGCAACACAGAUCUGUCUGCCAAGUGGAGAUGCGACAUAUUAGAUAAACUAAAGAUGAGGAAUAACUAUCAGUCACUUGAUUUGUCCAACUAUGGAGUGGCAGUGGAAGAGAAAGGAUGGACCAGAAGUUCAGAAUCUAGACUUAUAGACUCAAAUAAUUCUGGUGAAGACUGUAUUCUCUCCCUUUACUGGCAUUCCAUUGAGAACACUGGUACUUUGUCCGUGUUCAACCCAGCUGGGGCUAUCAAAUUCAUCUUGAACCUUUGUGAUGUCACCAGUGUAACUACAUCUUCAGAGCCUGGUAGCCCAAGAAUCACCUUAAGUAUUCCAAGACAACGCAAAGAUUCAAUCACAAUACAGUUCAUAUCUGAACAGGAACAAGAAGAAUGGAUCAAUGUGUUGGUGGACAUCAUCUCUCAGAUCAACGGCCUCUCGGGCAGGCCGUCGGCCGCCGCGGUGUGGGCGGUCACCGGCGCCGGCGACGUGCUCAACUGGGACCCCCUCCCCGCCAAGCAGAACCAGACCUCCGACCAAAACGGCAUUUACACCAAAGAAUUUCAAGUAUUCGGAAAAGACAUGGUGUCCGGCUUCUCGUCGGUGCUGCACAACAACUUCCCCCACGGGAGCUCGCUCAAAAUGAACGGCAGUUUAUUCGACGAAAUCAGACGAUUCAGCGUCAACCUUCAAGGGCCGGAAGUGAAGAAACAGAGACAUAAAGUAGAGACGGAAAUAAGUGAGAUUCCGUUUCACUUCAACGUGCGGUUCGACGAGAGCACGGUGGUGUGCAACUCGAAGAUCUUCGGCGGCUGGGGCCAGGAGGAGCGGCACGCGCUGCCGCUGGCGCCGGGGCAGGAGUUCUCGCUGCGCAUCGUCUGCGAACCUCAGGGCUUCCGCGUGCUGGUGAACGAGCGCAAGUUCUGCUUCUUCGAGCACCGGCUGGGCCCCGAGUCCAUCACGUGCGUGCAGGUGAAGGGGCCGCUGAAGCUGUACAACAUGGAGUACAGCACGAGCAGCGUGAUCGUGGGCCCCGAUGAGAUGGUGUGGCGCGCGAUGGGCGGCUACCUGCGGCGCGUGGAGGGCUGCGGCGACGUGGUGUGGGGCGUCACGCACGACCACCGCGCCUGGGUCUACAGCGGCGGCUGGGGAGGCGGCACUUUGAAAGGUCUCGGCAGCAACGACGGCAUAAUGCCGAUGACGGACACGCAGACGUACUGCGUGUACGAGAACCAGCGCUGGAACCCGCUGUCGGGCUACACCAGCACGGGGCUGCCCACGGACCGCCACAUGUGGAGCGACGCCACCGGCCGCCACAAGCGCACCCGCGAGCACACCAAGCUCGUCUCCAGGCAUUGGCACUGGAUAUCAGAGUGGAUGAUAGACUACAGCACCCCAGGCGGCGUGGACGCGGACGGCUGGCAGUACGCCACGGACUUCCCCGCGCCGUACCACGGCCGCAAGGUGUUCACGGACUGCGUGCGCCGCCGCCGCUGGUACCGCAAGGCGCAGCUGGCCACCGAGGGGCCCUGGCUGAGGGCUGGGACUACGCCGCUGCUGGAUAUCUCUAUGUGGAGCAAUGGCGAUGAAAUAUCAGUGUGGGCGAUCACGUUAGGCGGAGAGGCGAUCUACAGGACCGGAGUCACUCCUUCGACACCAGCAGGAGUCCACUGGGAACAUAUCAACAGUCCUCAAACUUUGAUCUCGAUUAGUAUUUGUGAUAGUGUAAUUUGGGCAGUUGGAAGGAAAGGCGAGCUGUACUACAGGGAUGGGGUUACAGAAGAUAACAUUGCAGGUAAAACGUGGAAGCUAGUAGAAGUGCCGAAGCACAGCCACACGUUCGGGCACAAGGCGGCGAGUGGGGGCGCCAAGUCGGUGUCGCUGGCGCCGCGCGCCGCGUGGGUGCUGCUGACCUCGGGGGCGGUGGCGGUGAGGACCGAGGUCAGCCGGGAGGUGCCGCAGGGGAAGCAGUGGCGGUAUCUUACAGACAGCGACACAACCUUCAAGCAGGUCUCCGCCGGCCAACACGAGGUGUGGGCGGUGUGCGCGGGCGGCGCGCUGCGGCGGCGGCUGGGGCUCGGGGCCGACAGCGCCGCAGGGACCGCCUGGCAGACCGUGCUCAGUGCCGGCUUCGUGCAUGUGUCUACUAGGGGAUGUCCCGUGUAAGGGGUGGGGGGUUAUGG